AUGCUGCGGUUGGUGGCAGCAUGUCCUGCAUCGUGUGCAGUGUGUGCUGAAGAUGCGACCCUUUGUCAACAGCUCACCUAUAUAAUAGCAGCCCCUGUGACCACGAGGGUUUUGAUAAUUACUGAUGGAUACCUCUCCUCUAUAGAGAGCACAAACCUGUCUCUCUUGUUUAAUUUGGCCCUGCUCUCUUUGAGCAGAAACGGCAUCCAGGAUGUUCGGGAAGAUGCCCUUCAUGGUCUUUCUCAGUUGCGUACGUUGCUGCUGGAGCACAACCAAAUAUCCAGCGCUGGGCUCACCGACCACACCUUCAGCGAGCUUCGGAGUCUGCAGGUGCUCGUGCUGAGCCACAACGCCCUCCGCACGCUGCGGGGGUCCUGGUUCCGAAACUCCAGGGGCCUGACCCGUCUCCAGCUGGACGGCAAUCAGAUAACUAAUCUGACAGACAGUUCUUUUGCGGGCACAAAUCUCCACAGUCUCAGACAUCUGGAUUUAUCUAACAAUUUUAUUUCCUAUGUUGGAAAAGAUGCCUUUCGGCCCCUGCCUCAACUAGAGGAACUGGACCUUUCCCGAAACAGGCUGGCCCACAUGCCAGAUGUGUUUACUCCACUGAAGCAGUUAAUCCUUCUGAGUUUAGAUAAGAACCAGUGGAGCUGCACAUGUGAUCUUCACCCCCUCGCCCGAUUUUUAAGAGAGUACAUUAAGUCUUCUGCCCACACGCUAAGGAAUGCCCAGGACCUAAAUUGUCAGCCAUCCACUACAGCUGUGGCCACAGCAAAGAAUAUGCUAAGGCUGUCUGAGGCCAACUGCAAUUCCAAGGCUCCCAACCUCACUCUGGUUCUAAAGGACAGAAGUCCCCUCCUCCCAAGGCAGGAUGUAGCCCUGCUGACUGUCCUUGGCUUCGCAGGAGUUAUUGUUCUCACUUGCCUAGGCUUAGUUAUACUUAACUGGAGACUCCAACACGGCAAAACAAACAAACACACAUCAGAAAACCUUUGUUGCAGAACCUUCGAUGAAUCCCUGUGUGUUCAUGAUGCAAAAAAUCACCACGCUAAGGGACACUGUAACUGCCACUUAACUCAGGAAAAUGAGAUAAAGGUCAUGUCCAUCAUGGGAUCCAGAAAGGAAAUGCCACUAUUACAGGAAAACAGCCAUCAAGCAACACUGGCCUCUGAGUCCACAGGCCUGGAUGGAUCAUUUAGAAACCUGAAUGGGAAAGACCGUGGGGCAGAUGGCACUUUCUUCUGUUCUUGCGGCAGUUUGUUGCAGUCACAAUGCUCAGAACUGCCUAAGAAUAUGUCAUCUUUUAAUGAAACAGACUUACUUACAAGAUCCUGUCCAAAGAGAGUUGAAAAGCUAAGGAAUCUCAAGCCUGGGGAAGUCCAACCUCAAAUUCUGCAGCAGUGUGUAACAAGAGCAGGAGAUAUCAGCAGUGACACAUUUCAUAGAAGAUAUGCAAUAUCCGUUUCAGCUUUGGCAAGAGAAAGUCUUGGAAAGCGUUUAACAAAUGAAUCAUGGCAGCCUCCAAUAGAAAAAGAAGACAAUGGCUUACAACCUCACAGGCAGAGGCAUUUUAUUACAGGCUCAUCAUCCAAGUCUUGUGAGCCUGAGGAACACUAUGUACAAAAGAUCUUACAAAAACAUAGAUCAAAAUAUGAUGAUCCUUGCAGUCUGUUAAAAGAGAGCAGGCCUAGGUAUUUUCAGCCAAACAAUUCUCUUAUCUGUAAAUAUGUGCCCUGUGAUCAAUUUCAAGAUUAUGUGAAAGAAAAGCCAAAUUGUCCAGCACAUUCAAAGUCCAAGAAAGAGCAAAUUCAAAUUAACAGUGCAAUAAAAAAAUUCCUUAUGCAUGAGGACAACAGGGAGUUAGCAGGAUUAUCAACAAAAAUCAAGGAAAUGUAUUUCCCUAAGAGGGUUAGCUUUCAUAGUCCUCAUUUAGUAGAACAAAAUAGGUUGGUGAUGUCAUCCAAAACAUCAACCCAUUUGAAACAGAAGAAAAAUCAAAGUAAUCAACUGACCAGCUUGGAUCUCAAGAAAUGCAGUAAUCUUCGGGAGAGAAUGAGAGGAAAAUGGCUUACUGAUCCACAACUUCUGAAAAAGAGGAGAGCCAAUCAAUCUUACCUCAAAGGGAAAAGUAAAGGACAAAAUUCAAGGAUAAAAUUAAAUUUGCACCCUUUUAGGAAAGUCAGAGUCCAUCCAGAAAAAUCUUUUCCAGAAAUGCCAAAGAAAUGCAGACAAGUAUUGUUACCACCUAAUAAAUUAUCCAAAGCUCCUGAGAAAGAAGCCAAAAUAAACCUUGUGUCCUCUGCAGAUUUUCUCCGACAGCCAGAAAGUAACAAUUAUGUCAGACUCAAUUCAAAGAGGUUACAUCUCAAAUAUGCCCCAAAGCAGACCCUGUAUUACCAAAAGACCACUCGCAAGUCUCCUCUGUUCAGUGCUGCCAACCUACCUGCAGCCACUCAGAGCUCUAUGGAAGGAAACUGUCACCCUGCUGGUCACAUUCCUGAUGGAAACCCAUCAACAUCGCCUCAGGCCACUCCCCUCAUAGCUGAACACAAGUACUCAGCCUCUCAAUUCUCAGUUGAGCAAAUGAAAGGUGCAGCUCAUCUCACAUGGGAAGUUCCUAGUUAUUUACCCAUUACUUGGGAAAAUAUAGGAAGUGAUGUUUUAACACCCUGCUAUUCCAGGGGGGCUACUAACCAAGGGGCAUCAGAGCCCAGUGUGCACAUGGAGCAGGACCAAUCAAAGACCAGUGAGCUAAACCAGUUUUCUGUGUCCCUGGGAAAUCAAACACAGCCUGUAGAUGUUCAUAAGACUGACACAUACAAGGAAUGUACUUUAGAUCAAAAUCAAAUUUUACAACAUGUAGAGCAAGAGUCAAGUCAUGAACAACUUGGAAUCAAAGAAAGAACAUCAAUGACAAAACCCAAAAUAUCACAUCAAAUUGUAGAAAGUUGUAUUAUGGACGAAGGAAAGGAUGUAGGAAAAAAACUUCCUGAAGGAGAAACUUAUGAUUGCUCUCUCAUUCCCCAGACACAACCCAAGGGCAACCUAACACUUAGGAAGACAAAUUCUAUUCCAUACCAAAAUAGAAUAGAACUUCCCAAGGAUACCAGCCCUUCUUUUAGUACUCCCGCCAUUUGGCAACUAGCUAACAGUGGUGGAAAAGGAAUUGACAGCACAAAUGCAUUGCCCAGAGAUGUUGGUACUGAAGCACAAGAAAUAAAAAUGGGAGGGAAAGAAGAGAAAAAAAUGCUUGAUGAAAGCAGGGCAAAUUCUAACGUGUUAAUUAGGACCACACAGAUGACCUUAAAAAGCUCCACGAAAGAAAAGCAGCAAACUUGGGAAAAUGGAAAAAGCGAAACACAGAUGUUACAUGAUUCUAGGUCUGUUGAGGGGAUUAUUACAGCUAAGGAUUUGAGUAUCUCAAGUUCCUGUGAUAUUGAAAAUAGACUACCUCAUAGUGACGUAAAUCUCAAACUUAAUAGUAAUAUGCAUGAUUUGGAAGAAGUACAAAAUAUUCAGCCAGAUGAAGAUAACAGUGCAUAUAAAGAAGAUACAAUGACAGUGAGGACACAGGAAGCACUUGCCCUCUUUCCACACUUAAAAGACAGAAGUUUUAAGGCAGAAAAUGAGGUUACCGAUUCCUAGAAGAAUAAAUGAAGUUGAAAACUCUGCUCCAAAACCUGAACUGUAUCUACCAUCUGCUGAUUAUGCUAAUACAUCACCGUUAGAGGCAGAACA